ACGCGGGGGAGAGAAAAUGGGCAUCUUUUCUGGGCUUCUCCGGAGGGAUGGCUGGGGUUUAGAAGAAAGAAGCGCCCGCUGGAGCUAGGCGGGGGCUCGUCCCUGGGACCGGCAAGCCAGCUUGGUCAAAGCGGAUUUGGCCCCAUUCGACACCAUGGCUACCAGCGCAGUGCCAAGUGAGAACCUGCCCACUUAUAAAUUAGUGGUGGUUGGAGAUGGAGGUGUAGGGAAAAGCGCCCUCACCAUUCAGUUUUUCCAGAAAAUCUUCGUGCCAGAUUAUGACCCAACGAUUGAAGACUCCUAUCUGAAGCACACAGAGAUAGAUGGGCAGUGGGCAAUUCUGGAUGUUCUGGACACUGCUGGUCAAGAAGAAUUCAGUGCAAUGAGAGAGCAGUACAUGAGGACAGGAGAUGGCUUUCUUAUAGUCUAUUCAGUCACAGAUAAAGCCAGCUUUGAACACGUGGAUAGGUUCCAUCAACUCAUUCUUCGGGUUAAGGACAGAGAAUCUUUUCCAAUGAUUUUAGUGGCCAACAAAGUUGAUUUGAUGCAUUUGAGAAAAAUCACCCAGGACCAAGGGAAGGAAAUGGCAGCCAAGCACAAUGCAACAGGUUCCAGAAAAGAACCAGAAGAAGAAAAAGACCAAGUGGCGAGGAGACAGAGCAACUGGUUCCCACAAACUGCAUUGUGUGAUUUUGUGACUGUCUCUCCCUGUGUUUUUCUGGGGGGUUUUCCCAUUCCAACUUGAACCUAAAGAAACAAUUGUACAACCUAACUGCAACUUGACUUUUCAAGGAAACAGUUCCUGCCCAAAAGAGCUCAAAGGGAAAAGUUCUGGGCAUUUUUGAGUUUCAGCCACACGAUUAUUUGGCAAACGAUGCAGAAUGGUUUUACCUUUAAAAAAAGAAAAGAAAAGCAUGUUACUCCAAAACAGGGGCAAAACAAAACCCAGGUUUUAUGACUGUUGGCCAUUUCAAUAGUCAUUAUCUUAAAAUUACUGGGGUGACUAAAAAUGUUUUAUGUGCAAGCAUUCCUAAGGGGACCUUACUUCUAAAGAGUCACUAAUGGCUUUACUUAGUACUGAGCGUCUUGUCAAUCAGGGUCAAUAUUUCCUUUCUUGGCAGAAUUUCCUUUUGCACUGGAUUCCUGGUAUGUCUUCAGUGAUGCAAAUCAUGUAUAUGUGUGUCUGUGUGUGUAUACAAAAGAAGCUGGUGUGUAGCCAGAUCUUUAUAAGGCAGUGCCAGCAAAAAGGAUGAAGAAACAUGAGGGGGAGGGGUUGUCAGUCCCCAUCCGGGUUGUUCAACCUAUGUGCAGGUUGUGUUUUGUCAGUGAAAGGUGGCUCUGAAAAGAGUGAGAGGGCAGCCAUUUUGCUAGUCCUGAGAAGUAUUUAAAUUAAAUGGUUAUUUGCAAAUAAUAAAUAUUUGUAAAUUUUGUUA